GGUCUCUGGGGGUUGUGGUCUUGAAGGAGAGACCCAGGAACCAGCGGGAGGGGCCGGAGGGAGAUGAAACGACGCCCCCAAUGGGCAGCCUCCUGGGCGGGGCCCGGGUCACCAUUGGCUUCGGCGGCACGAGGGAGGUGGGGUCAGAGGAAUGAAGCGCGGAGCUGUUCGCUGCACCAGGUGCUGAGUCUGAGGGAGGCUCCGGACGCGAGAGUCGCGAGAGCCGCAGCAGCUGCAGCCGCUUCAGAUCCGAGGCCGGGAGCCCGGGCUGUGAGGAGCCGGGAGGAGCAGGGUGCGCUGCCGGACGCUGACCGCCCGCCCGCCCGCCGUCAGAGGUCUGUGGUGACAGCUUUUCAGAGACAAGGACAGCAAAGUCCCAGUGGCUCCUUCUCAGGGUCUCCAGUAGGCCUCGCCAUGGCCCACCGAGGUGAACCAUGACUGGCUGGCUGACACUUGCCAUUGACCAGCUGGAGUUGCAUCUCGCCAGGAGGUGACCCCUCCUCUAGCUGCCCCCAACUCACCCACCCUCGCUCAGGAAAGUGCCCGCAGCUGUCACGGACACCAUGUAGUAGGGCCGGCUGCGGCGCCCAGUGAGCUGCGAUGGUUUUGUACACGACCCCCUUUCCUAACAGCUGUCUGUCCGCCCUGCACUGUGUGUCCUGGGCCCUCAUCUUCCCAUGCUACUGGCUGGUGGAUCGGCUUGCGGCCUCCUUCAUACCCACCACCUACGAGAAGCGCCAGCGGGCAGACGACCCGUGCUGCCUGCAGCUGCUCUGCACUGCCCUCUUCACGCCCAUCUACCUGGCCCUCCUGGUGGCCUCGCUGCCCUUUGCAUUUCUUGGGUUCCUCUUCUGGUCCCCCCUGCAGUCUGCCCGCCGGCCCUACAUCUAUUCACGGCUGGAAGACAAGGGCCUGGCCAGUGGGGCAGCCCUGCUUAGUGAAUGGAAGGGCACAGGGCCUGGCAAAAGCUUCUGCUUCGCCACCGCCAAUGUCUGCCUCCUGCCCGACUCACUCGCCAGGGUCAACAACCUUUUUAAUACCCAAGCGCGGGCCAAAGAGAUCGGGCAGAGAAUCCGCAAUGGGGCUGCCCGCCCCCAGAUCAAAAUCUACAUCGAUUCCCCCACCAACACCUCCAUCAGCGCUGCUAGCUUCAGCAGCCUGGUGUCACCGCAGGGCGGCGAUGGGGUGGCCCGGGCCGUCCCUGGGAGCAUUAAGAGGACAGCCUCUGUGGAGUACAAGGACGACGGCGGGCGGCACCCCAGUGACGAGGCUGCCAAUGGCCCAGCCUCUGGGGACCCUGCCGAUGGCAGCAGCCCGGAGGAUGCCUGCAUUGUGCGCAUCAGCGGAGAGGAGGGCGGCCGGCCGCCGGAAGCUGAAGACCCUGCCCCCGGAGGCCAGGCCAGGAACGGGGCUGGCGGGGGCCCAAGGGACCAGACGCCCAACCACAAUCAGCGGGAUGGAGAUUCGGGGAGCCUGGGCAGCCCCUCAGCCUCCAGGGAGUCCCUGGUGAAGGGGCGAGCUGGGCCAGACACCGGUGCUGGCGGGGAGCCAGGUGCCAACAGCAAGCUCCUGUACAAGGCCUCUAUGGUGAAGAAGGCAGCCGCACGCAGGAGGCGGCACCCCGACGAGGCCUUCGACCAUGAGGUCUCUGCCUUCUUCCCGGCCAACUUGGACUUCCUGUGCCUGCAGGAGGUGUUUGACAAGCGGGCGGCCACCAAAUUGAAAGACCAGCUGCAUGGCUACUUCGAGUACAUCCUGUACGACGUCGGGGUCUACGGCUGCCAGGGCUGCUGCAGCUUCAAGUGUCUCAACAGCGGCCUCCUCUUUGCCAGCCGCUACCCUAUCAUGGACGUGGCCUAUCACUGUUACCCCAACAGGUGUAACGACGAUGCCCUGGCCUCUAAGGGAGCUCUGUUUCUCAAGGUGCAGGUGGGAAGCACACCUCAGGACCAAAGAAUCGUCGGGUACAUCGCCUGCACACACCUUCACGCCCCGCAAGAGGACAGUGCCAUCCGGUGUGGGCAGCUGGACCUGCUUCAGGACUGGCUGGCUGAUUUCCGAAAAUCUACCUCCUCGUCCAGCGCAGCCAACCCCGAGGAGCUGGUGGCAUUUGAUGUCGUCUGCGGAGAUUUCAACUUUGACAACUGCUCCUCUGACGACAAGCUGGAGCAGCAGCAUUCCCUGUUCACCCACUACAGGGACCCCUGCCGCCUGGGGCCCGGGGAGGAGAAGCCAUGGGCCAUCGGUACUCUGCUGGACACAAACGGCCUGUAUGACGAGGAUGUGUGCACCCCCGACAAUCUGCAGAAGGUCCUGGAAAGUGAGGAGGGCCGCAGGGAGUACCUGGCGUUUCCCACCAGCAAGAGCUCGGGCCAGAAGGGGCGGAAGGAGCUACUGAAGGGCAAUGGCCGGCGCAUCGACUACAUGCUGCAUGCCGAGGAGGGGCUGUGCCCAGACUGGAAGGCCGAGGUAGAAGAAUUCAGUUUUAUCACCCAGCUGUCUGGCCUGACGGACCACCUGCCAGUAGCCAUGCGACUGAUGGUGUCUUCGGGGGAAGAGGAGGCAUAGACCAUCCGGAGCAGUAGGGCCUCUGCCAGCCCUUGGAGCCGCAGCCCAUCCCUGGGCCGUGUCCCCUCCAUUGAGCGCCCAGAGCUGGGGGGAGGUGGGCAGGGGCAGGGAGGGAGUCACAGUCAGUGCCCGGGAACCUGGAAGCUGCGCUGUUCUGCGCCUCUGGGCCUCACUGCGGACAGAGGAGUCCUGCCAGCCCGGGGAGCCCCCGGCUGCCUAACAGUGCCAUUCUUUCACAACGAAAUUUUCUACAAAUCUACAGCACAACCAAGUUUGUAACCUGUGGGUUAGUAUGAGGACCGGGUUCAUGUAUUCUCUCUAUCUCUUCUUAAGCUUCGUCCAGGGUUCUUUAUUUUUGUCUGCUGCCAAUGUCGUCUCGCAUGCCUGCACCCUCGCAUGCACGCUGCCCGCAUGCCACGUGCCAUGCCAUAGUCACAGACCCCUUGCUUGGGCCUCACCCAAGGCCAAACUCCAAACAAACACAACCAGAACUAGCCAAAGAAGCACUUCCUGGGCAGGGCUGCUAGCUCUCCCGCCUCCAGUGUGGGCCGGCUCCCACAGGGCCCGAAGGCUACAUCUCAGUCAGCCUAGGGCUCCUCCCAGGGUCUCCCAUUCAAGGGCAAUUACAUUUUAAAAAGAAAAACAGAAAAAUGUUUAUCACAAAAUCAACCCUCACUUCACAGGGUCUGUAAGCCACUCACCGAACUAUGCUUUUCCCGAGAAAGGGUCCCUUCCCAGCCCAGGCAGAACAGGGUUGGGCGGGCUCUGAUGCCCAGGGCCUCCUCUUGGGAGCCUCCUAUCUGGGCAGUGGAGCCAUAAACGGAAUCAAGAGGGCAUCCACUUUUUUACAGGAAGAAGAGACUCAUGCAUAAAGCGGGUGGGGGGUUCCUGAUUUUGAAAAUAAUUGAUUUGUAGCUUCUCUUCUAUCAAAACCAACACAUCUUUCUGCCAAUCCUCUCUCCCCUCCGGACACCUCUCUGGUUCGGGACCAAUCCCUCCUUGGGGACAUGCCCCACCCGCGAGCCAGCUGAGCUCAGGAACCCCUGCCUGCCCCUCUGGCCUUCCAGGCCCAUCCUCAACAGCUACCCCAGCCAACAUUAAGGCCACAAGGGGAACCCAGCCUGAGGCAGGAAGCCAGGAUGCAGAGAGGAACCUGGCCCCUCACCACUGUGCGGGCUGGGGCAGCAAGGCCAACAGUCGCCGCUUUACCGGGGCAGGGCGUGGUACUGGCACCCAGGUUCGGCAUGGCAGAGCUGGCCAACAGCCUGUGGUCCUUGAUCUGCCUCCAGUUCCAAGAGGCCUACAGCCCCCGGCACUGCCUCUGCCCACCUGCCUUUAACAGACUCCAGGGCUGUUCCUGCCAUGCAGCGAAGGCUUUGUCUGUUUCAAAGUUUGAGACUCAACUUGAGGGACUGUUUUUGACAAUCCCCGCUGACCUUCCCUCCUUGUGGUGCCCUGAUCCUGCACCCAGCCUGGCCCAGGGCCAGCUUUGCCUAGCGAGGCUGGAGGGAGCACCAGGACCUGCUGUCUGCUGUCAGCCCCUCCUGGUGCUGGUGCCCUGUUGCUGUGCCUUGUCAUCCAUUAAGCUGCAAGAGGGACCAAGAGAGGACCACGCAGCCAGCCAGACGCCUGGCCCUGUGCUGGGGCAGACAACGCUGCAGAGCCCAGGAAGCCUGGCCCUAGGACGUGUGUCCGUGGUGACACUGGCGUGUCUGAACCCACCUGGCCUGGAAGCACCAUCUGUGCCCCGCCCCGAGCCCCACCCCCUCCAGUCCACAGCCAGGAAGGGGCUGCUGAGGGCGAACGUCCUGCGCGGUUCUCUGCCCAACCUGCUCCUCCAAGGGUCUGGCCUUCAUGCUGUGGAGCCACCCCCACCCCGCUGUACACUACCAGAAGCAGCUGGGACUCUGCUCACACAAGCAACUGGGCCGGCCCUGGACCGCUAGACCCCCUGAGCCGCAUGCCAGCUGCCUGCACAGGGAGAGCAGCUGAGGCCCAGGCAGGGCCCCCACACCAGACCCCAGAAUAGCUUUCCCACCCAGGCACCUCCCCUCCGGAGGACAGCAGGUGUGGGAGUCAGGGCUGCAUGCUCCUCCCUUCCCACCUCACAGGUGGCCUUAGGCAAGUCAUUCUGUCAUCACAAGGUCGCCUCUGCCUAGCCAGGUCCUGGCGACCAGAGCAGGACCCAGGCCCCCACACACCUCCCUCUGCGCCAAGGCCAGGACCACCAACCACACGUUUCAUCGUGGCUGCCUGUGGGCUCCCAGGGCUUGCAUACAGGCCAGGCCUGUCUAUUGAUUUUUAAAAGUGAAACUGCUGGAUCUCAGAUUCUGUGACAUCUAAGGCCGAGCAAGGGUGGGCACGCAGGUCACCCAAAGCCCACACCAAGGCUCUGUGCCUGUCCUAGGCCCCAGUCAAGGAAGCAUGAGGCGGGGGGGGAUCCGCUGAGGAAGGAAAUGUUCAUUUUCAUUUGUCCAAAACCACCUUAAGUAUAUUAAUCUUGAUGCUUUUUAACUAUUGCUUUUUAACUUGCUGAGAUUUAGAAAUACUGUUAUAAAAAAAACUUUUUUAGUUUCUGUAUUUUUUUCUGUAUUGUAUCUUCAUGGGACAUUAGGGGUUUUCUAUGGUAAGCACACCUAUGGUUUUGGUAAAAACAUUAUCAAAUACACAUCCAGACGGUUCUUCCCUAGAAGAAAAGCAAUCUUUACACCUGAUAAAACAUUUUGAAAAGAGAGGUGUUCUUUUUCCUUACUGGUGCUGAAAGGAAGGAUGGAUAAUGAGAAAAUAAAACUGUGAGGCU